AUGGCGUUCGCCAAGUGCGCAGGGGCGAGAAACCCGUCGGUUCUCAAGUUGGCUCUAACAAAUGUAACUAAUGCACCUAUCCUUCUGGGGAUGAACACCAUGCGACAGGCCCCUGCAGGCAAAAAGCAAGCACCCGUCCUAUUUACGCGCCUCCCAAGGUCCUCGGUACAAACCCAUCUCAGACUCAAGUCGUCUCGUUUUCCUCUUCCGGUUUAUUCCAACUUACACCGCCUCCACACCAAUCCAUGGCUGCGUUGUAUGCACUCCGAUGUCGAAGAUCAACGACGCCUGCACAUGCAGCGCAACACGCUGAAUUCUUUCCGGCCCAAUCAGGCCCCAGUGGCUUUAAUUGCGGAACCCAACGAUGAUCAGUCGCUAGGCCACCCGCGCCCGCAUCCACAGUCAUCCGAUAUUAGACCAGAUACAACGAACACAAGUCAAACUCCGAGUCGUGCGGCUCAUUGGAUGAACUCGCCGUGA